AUGCUGACACUUUUAGAACGUGUUAAAUCGUUAUUUCUUGGAGUCACUGGUUUAUCGCCGGACAAAAUUGCACCAACUGUUGGUUUAAAUAUUGGAAAAAUUGAUAUAAAUAGAUCAAGAUUAAUUUUUUGGGAUUUAGGGGGACAAGAAGAACUUCACAACAUAUGGGAAAAAUAUUACAGUGAAUGUCAUGGUAUUAUAUUUGUAGUGGAUUCAAUUGACAAAAAAAGAAUUGAACGAUGUAAAGAAAUAUUUGAAAAAAUAAUUACAAAUGAUGAAGUAGAAGGUGUGCCAGUAUUAAUGCUGGCCAAUAAACAAGAUAUACCUAAUGCUCUUAAAGUUGAAGAAAUUAAAGAAAUUUUCAAUAAAAUUGCUUUAAAAUUAGGAGCAAGAGAUUCAAGAGUUUUACCAAUUUCUGCUUUAGAAGGGUAA